CCAGUGGAGUCCCCUAGGAGCCCUGGCAAACGGGACCAGCUUGCAGGAAUCCACUUACUGCCAGACUCGGGGGAGAGACUGCAGACUUCCCAGGUCCUGCUGUGGGCCUGGAUCGUGCUCCCAAGUGGUGUUUGGCCAAACUGGGGACCAUUCCUCAAGAGAUGGUGUCUGGGGUUUGGAUGGAGAACUCUUCUCUCGGCUACGAGUAUGGGGAUUACGGCGAGAUUCCAGAUCUCCCUGUGGACUGUGUUGAUGACACCUGCGUCUCCAUCGAACCCCUCCACGUGGCCCCACUCCUGCUGUAUGCCGCCGUCUUCCUGGUGGGGUUGCCAGGCAAUGCCAUGGUGGCCUGGGUGACCUGGAAAGAGGCCCGCCGGAGGGUCGGUGCCACCUGGUUCCUCCACCUGGCCGUGGCGGACCUACUCUGCUGCUUGUCUCUCCCCAUCCUAGCAGUGUCCGUCGCCCACGGGGGCCGUUGGCUGUAUGGGGCCGUGGGCUGCCAGGCCCUGCCCGCCGUCAUCCUGCUGUCCAUGUACGCCAGCGUCCUCCUCCUGGCCACUCUAAGCGCUGACCUUUGCCUGCUGGCCUUCGGGCCCAGCUGGUGGGGUGCAGCUGGGAGGGCAUGCAGGGUGCAGGUAGGCUGUGGGGCAUCCUGGACACUGGCCUUGCUGCUCACUGUGCCCUCAGCCAUCUACCGCCGGCUGCGUCAGGAGUAUUUCCCACACCGGCUGGAGUGCGUAGUGGACUACGGUGGCUCGACCGUGGCCGAGAACUCAGUGACCGCCACCCGGUUUAUUUUCGGCUUCCUGGGGCCGCUGGUGGUCGUGGCCGGCUGCCAUGGUGCCCUCCUGUGCUGUACUGCCCGACGCCGCUGGCCACUGGGCAUGGCCGUUGUGGUAGGGUUUUUUGUCUGCUGGUCCCCCUACCACACACUGGGGCUGGUACUCACCUUGGCUGCCCCACACUCUGUGCUCUUGGCCCGGGCCCUGCGGGCUGAACCCUUGGUCGUGGGCCUGGCCCUUGCUCACAGCUGUCUCAAUCCCAUGCUUUUCCUGUAUUUCGGGCGGUCUCAACUCCGAAAGUCUCUGCCAGCUUCAUGUCGCUGGGCCCUGAAGGAGUCACAGAGCCAUGAUGAAAGUGUGGUCAGCAAGAAAUCCACUGGCCGAGACCUGGUCUCAGAGGUGGAAGUGUAAGCUAGAGGGAAAUUGGUUUGUAUCCUCCUCUUCCACUUUACAAGACUGGCUUCAGGCAUAGCUGGAUCCAGGGGCUUAAUGAUAUUGUCAUUUAUCCCUUGAUUCAUUCAACAAAUAUUCAUUAUGUCCCCUGCCAUGUGCAGUGCAGAUAUAGGACAUUUCCAUCAUUGCAGGAAAUUCCAUGGGACAGGGCUGCUCUAGCAUCUCACCUGCUCAGAUCUUUUAAAUCACAUAGCAGUAACACCUUCAUGUAGAGUCACUACUCCAGGAUAGCACUUUACACAUAGUUUCUACUUUAAGGUAAUUCUUACAACACCCAGGCAGGAAGGGGGAGAUGCCUCUUUUCAUAAGCUGAGGCCCAGGGAGAAGAGGUCAUUUGCCCAAGAUCACACGGCAAGGAAGUUAUAGAGUUGAGAUUUGACCCCAUGUUUACUUGACUCCAGUGCCCAUGCUCUUGAUCACCAAACUUUUCCUUCAUUGCCUUGUUCAAAUAAUACUUCCUCCAGGAAGCUCUCCCUGAUUCAUUCCCCUCCCAGGGAGGAAGUAGUGUUCUGUUCUCCAAGUUUCUGGAACAAAAAUUCCCAGCUAAACUGUAAAUUUCCUAAGGACAACAUCUGGGCCAAUUUAAUUUCUGUCUCUCCUCCACCCAUCCCAAGCCUUAAAAAGAGACAAACUGUAUUUGUCUACACCUUGUUUUUUUCCAACUAGAUUGUGAGCUCUCCACUGGUGGGGAUCUCUUUCUUUCUUUUUCUGCCCAUUUUAAUUUUUUAAUUUUUAUUUUUUUGUGGGGGGGGAUCUCUUUCUUGCUAUCUUUUUUUUUCUUUAUCUGAUACAGAGACACUUAGUAAGUCCUCAACAAGACAUAUUUUAUUUUUUGAUAUUUUAUUCAGAACUCUCACGCGUGAAUUAUUACGACCAAGACUGCCUUGUAGAAUGAAUUAUGUCCUGUGACAAUUUAUAUAACUUCAUGAAAACUUGGGAGAAAUCCUGCUGUUAAUCCAUUAAGGCCAGGUGCCAUUUAGGAGAGUUCUUCUUUGAUACAUUUACAAAGAGUCUUUUCUGUUUUUUGAAAUUUAUUUUCCUUUCGUAUUGCAUCAGCCUUAUUUUUUGUUAAGAAGAAUCAAUUUCAUGAAAGCUUUCAGAUGUAUUUCUGUGGAAUUUUCCAUGGAACUCCCUUAAUCAUUCAAAAUAAUCCUGUGGGCUUCCCUGGUGGCACAGUGGUUAAGAAUCUGCCUGCCAGUGCAGGAGACAUGGGUUUGAGCCCUGGUCUGGGAAGAUCCCACAUGCCGCGGAGCAACUAAGCCUGUGUGCUACAACUACUGAGCCUGUGCUCUAGAGCCCACAAGCCACAACUACUGAGUCCGUGUGCCACAGCUACUGAAGCCCGUGUGCCUAGGGCCCAUGCUCUGCAACAAGAGAAGCCACCGCAAUGAGAAGCCUGUGCACCACAGUGAAGAGUAGCCCCCACUCGCCCCAACUAGAGAAAAGCGUGCGUGCAGCC